CCGCAGAUAGCGAAUUAAAAAUCGGCCACGCAUCGCUAGAAGGGACUACAUGACGCUAGGGGCGUCGACACCGUGCACUAAACACGGUGUCGCUGGCAGCAAUUAAGGCCGCCCGUAGCAACUCCCGAUGAUCGAUCGCAACAUCUGUGAUCGCAGUGAGGCAAAGUUUGAGCUGCUACAUGUGUCUCCUCCGAAUGCUUGAUAGGCUCGAGCAUCAUGGGGAGUAUCAUCUCUGACUAGGAACAUGUCCCCGGAAACCUCUCCUGAAUCGUCGGAGCUUAGGUCUGCGGACGCUACUCCUACAAGGGAUUCAUACCUCGAAACAGAUGCUCUUCUUCAGGCACCGGGAAGCUUUACCUUACCAAAGGGUCCAGGAUCGGCACCUGAUACAAACAACAUUCUUCAUGAAUUUAUCCAUCCACGUACUCACGACAUUGGUCAUACCGCAGACAGUGAAACUGUACCGCCCUUGAUUUCUCAAGUCCAAUCAGCAUGGUGGAAGAGGCCUUCUCCUUGGUGGUUCUUGGUACUACUGCCUUUUGUCGUUAUGACCGGAGCUGCUGAACAAGCCCCUCGUGUCGCAAUGUACACCAAGCUGGUCUGCGAGGUUCAUAAACCUAAUGACACAGCCGAUCAAGGAUAUCGCUUGCCAUCUAACUUACAUAUGUUUGCACCUGGCGUUGUAACCUUCAUGUCCCAUGACCCAUGUGCCUCCGAUCCUGGUAUACAAACUGAAGUGGCAAAGUUGCAGAUGGUCCUGUCGACUGUGUCUGGCGUACUCGGCUGCUUCACUGCAGCUUGGUUGAGUUCCUUCUCCGAUCGCUACGGCCGUAUUGUUGCAUUAGGAAUCAUGGCCCUAUCCUUCGUAUACGACGAUUUUCAUUUCCUCUUGGUUUCUACACUCCCUCAUCUGCUUCCUGGAGGAUACUGGUUUUACGUCGUCGGUGCUGUAAUUGUAGGUCUCUCGGGAGGCGGUUCUGGCGGUGCAACAGGAGCUCUUCGUGCAUAUGUCGCAGACUGUACAGAACCCCACGAACGGUCUCGUCUCUUCGCCAUCAUGGUGGGUUUCAGUUGGCUAGGCGGCGCCGUUGGACCAACCAUAGGUGGCCUCCUCACAACUCGUACAGGGAACCUACUAUCAAUAUUCUACUUCUCAGCCGCCAUUCGACUCGUCUUCGCCUUUAUGAUGUGGUUCAUUGUUCCAGAGUCGUUAGCGAAAGCUACAAUGUUGGAGUCUAGGCGGCUUCAUGCUGAGGCGAGUGCGGAGGCCAAUGGUGCAUUUGCCCAGUGGCUACAUACUAUAUCAAGCUUGGUAGCUCCUUUGGCUAUCUUCUUGCCUUCUAGAGCGAGCAGAGAUGGCACUAGUUCUUACUUGAAGGGUAACUGGAAUUUACUCUUCAUAGCCGUCAGCUUUGGGAUUUCGCUUUGCCUUUGGGGUUCACUUGAAUAUGAAUUACAAUACACCGCUGCUGUCUGGAAAUGGACUACAGAGCAGAUAGGUUACUGGUUGACUAUCACGGGAGUUACAAAAGCAGUACAUCUCUCUCUCCUUCUUCCAGGUAUCACGUAUAUCUUCAAUCGACCAAAGCCCGCAAUUCAGCUACCAGUCCAGCCAGAAACACCUCUCCGAUCCACUUCUUCCACUUCUUCCCUUUCAGAAACUCCACCACACUCCUCUCAGACUGAAUCCGCCCCACGUCGUUCGAUAUCAUUCGACCUAGGUCUAGCUCGGUUCUCACUUGUAGUCAUGAUUAUAGGUUUCAUCUUUGUCGCCUUCGCCCCCAAUCCGUUAACAUUCACCAUAGCGUCUAUGGUGACUUGUUUCGGUGCCGGGUUCUCUCCUGCAAUUCAGAGUGCGGCUCUCACAAUCUAUACAGAGAGCGGCGGUUCUGAAGCGGGGAAACUGUUCGGUGCUUUUAGUAUCGUGGAGGCCUUGUGUAUCGCCCUCCUCGGUCCCACAAUAUAUGGCGUGACUUUCAUGAAGACUAUCGCGACGUUGCCUUCCGCCAUAUACAUGCUAACGGCGGUCUUGCUUACUAUAUCUUUAUUUUUCUCCCUCUUAAUACGAGUACCCAAACCCCUCAACUUCGACGGAGUUCACCAUGAAGAGAGCUCGGACGCCAUAGAUCGUGUGUCGCAGGACGAUGCUACAACCAGUAGAUUGGCAUAGUAUAGCAUAGAAUUACGCUGUAUAAUGUCCCCUUUUCAAUGUUGAGAUUAUAAAGAGCAGGUCUCAUUGGUCAUAACAUUGGAAUGUGCAGAAUGACUAUAAAUACAAUGCAUAAUAGCCU